UUGCGCCGUCGAUCAUUUUGCAUCGGCUUGUAUCUCUGAUCUGUGGUGUAAACAUCGACAAACAAACAAAAUUUUUUUAUGUUUCUGUCUGGAGUAAACUUACUGUAUGAUAAACUAAAUGACUUUAUUGGCCAAAAUGUCAAAUAAUUCAUGUGGAGAUUUUGUUGAUGGAGGGUCUAACAAAGUUAAUGGAAGUAAUUACUUAAAACUUCAACAAUCACAAGUAAUACGCAAUAAUAUACAUGGAAUAUCACAAUUACUCAAUACUGGCCUCAACGCGGAAUGUUUGGAUACUUGUAUUAAACUUAUUGAAGCAGGAGUUCAUCCUCAGGCGUUAGCUGAAGUCAUCACUCAAAUAAGGCGUGAAGUUACUGCUUUAAACAACGAUGAUAAUUAAGAUACAUAUGAAUAUCCAUACCUUUGUUUAUUAUUACUACAUUAUAUACAUACAUCCAUGCAUACAUAGUUUACAAUAAAUAUGGUUGCCAAGAUAUAUUAAUUAUAAGGUAGUGUUAUCAGAACA